AUGAUUCACGACAGAACGGAUGGCCUCAUGUUGCCCCUAAUGAAGAGGGCGACACCUUCAAUGCGCACAAUCUGUGUUCGCCUAGAGGAGCAUGGACAGUACCGGAAUAACAUGUCCGUUCGACAAAAGAACCUGCACCACAUCAAGUUUUUGUUGUCGUCCUACUACAAGCAUGGACAUGAACUUGGAUACAUGUUCCAUGCUUACUUGAAUAUUGUGUGCACGGCCAUGGAGAGGAUUAACAAUUUGAGUCGGCCAGCUUUCAUGUUUUCCGGAGCUUCGGUCACUGCUGGAAUGGUGGAUCAGUAUCAGGAUCAAACUUUUGUUAAGAAGAUACGUCUGUAUCGAGUUCAAAGUGAAAAUCUUACUGCACGGGCAAUUAUGAAAAAAGUGGUGUUUAGGAUUAGCAGAAGGGCAACCCACUAA